CAGGGUUAUAGUGAGACUCUAGUUUAUAUGAAUUAAAAUAGUUUAUUACUCUGAGGUGAGAGAGGAACACACACACACACACACUGAACUGUUUACAGCAUGGGGGAUUUGUGUGUGCUCGCUAUACACUCUGUGUGUGUGUCUCUCUCUGUGUGUGUGUGUGUGUGUGUGUGUGUGUGUGUGUUCCUCCCUGUCUUUCACUUCCAUGAUCUGUCCUCCAGCCAUUGACGGAUGGUCAGUCAGGAAGUACUAGAGCUGCUCAUGUUAGUUGAGGAAAGCUGAGCUGAACUAGUCAUGGAGUGGGAUUAUUAUGUGCCUGUGCACUUACUAGAGACUCUUCACAGGCUGAAGUUGAUGAGUUCUCCCAGUCUGAGUGAUUUGGGUCGAUCAGAGAGAUCAGCGCUGGACGACAGAAACAACCAGCAGCAGCGAGCGGGAAACAACACCACCUGGAUCAGCAUCCAUAAUGCCGUGAUCUCCGUGUUCCAGCGGAGGGAUCUGGGAGAGAAUGAGCUGUUCGUGCUGAAUGAAGGCGUCAGGCAGCUCCUGAAGACUGAGUUGGGCUCCUUCUUCACAGAGUAUCUGCAGAAUCAGCUGCUGACGAAGGGAAUGGUGAUUCUUCGAGAUAAAAUUCGCUUUUAUGAAGGUCAGAAGCUGCUGGAUUCUCUGGCAGAAACAUGGGACUUUUUCUUCUGUGAUGUUCUGUCCACACUGCAGGCCAUCUUCUACCCUGUACAGGGGAAGGAGCCAUCUGUCCGUCAGCUGGCUCUGCUGCAUUUCAGGAACAUCAUCACUCUGAACACAAAGCUGGAUGAUGCUCUGAGUCGCCCGCGCGCCCGCGUGCCGCCCUCCAUCAUUCAGAUGCUGCUCAUCCUGCAGGGGGUUCACGAGUCUAAAGGUGUGUCGAACGAUUACUUGAAGCUGGAGUCUCUGGUGCAGAAAGUGGUAUCGCCGUAUCUGGGAACACACGGGCUUUUCUCCAGCGACGGCUCCAUCACGCAGUCCUCGUGUGUGCUGGAGAAGCGGCUCUUGAGGCGAUGGCCGCGCUCCAGCGACUCUCCAGCGAAGAACCUCGUGGUUCGCUCGAAGAGCUACAACAUCCCCAUGCUGACGCCUGUGGCCGAAUACGACCCCGAGAGCAUUGCGGCGGCUGGCGUGGGAAUCCGACGCCAUUCCGUAUGUCAGAUGACCUCCUUCGCGGAAGAGCCCGCAUUCACAGAGGCGCCGCCCAGCCCGCCGACGGACGUCUGUGAAGAUCCGGGCCAUGACGGACUGGUGGAGUGCCAGCCGCCUCCUCCAUCUCCACCCAUAUUCCCUGAGCUCGGAUCCGACGGCGGACAGGAGGCGGGAUCGGAGCGGGACGCAUCCUCCCUCCCGAGCUGCUCCUCCAGUCCAGAGACCAUCGUGGAUCAGAUCCUGGAGUCUCUGGACUCAGACACUGAGGGAAUAUUCAUCGACUUCCGCCGACAGCGUUCCAGCUCGUCUGAUUUCAGCCGGGAGAGCGAGAGCGUGGCGUGACCCUUGACAUCCUGACAACACACCGCUGAAGAAAGUUUGUUUAUGGGCAUUUGUUUCUUGACCCCGAGUGUGUUCAGAAUAGCAGACUACCAUACUACUGUAGUCCUGCCGUCUCACUCAUGUUGUGUUCAGGUCAUUUUGAUCCGGAUUUUCUCAGUUUUGUUGUGAAUUUUUUCACUUAAUUUUAUUGACCUCAAAGAACUGAGGCGCAUGAGCUCACACGAUCAAUCAGAUCCAAAAAGAAACAAAACCUGUGCUAACCGAAAGAAAACAAGUUGAUGAAAAGAUUGAAUCCAAUGUUUGGCGAUCACACAUCAUAAUGAGAAAUUUAUAAGCAAUUUUUUGUAGGCCGGUCAUCUUUGACCUGGAACACCACAAGUGUAACAAGGUGGAAAAAACACCCAAAAAAAGUAAAAAUAAAUAAUAAAAAAAAGAUCAAAAUUGUUUUAGGAAGUUUGUUAUAGUCAGUAAUUUUUAGUCCAAAUCAAUAACAUUAACACAUCCUCCUUGAUUCUGAUUUACCGGUCUGUGUGACGAUUUUCCACUAAAUUGGAUUAAUUGUACAAAGUAACUCUUGUAUUUCCAAGAUGAUGAAAGACUCUAAAGUUCACGGAUCUAAUGGACUAAUGAACACACUCCUUUCACAAUUGUAACUAUUCAAAAAGUUCAACAUUUAUGGGAUUAAAUAAUUAUAAAUAAUUUUAUUCAAUGGCACUAGUUCAAUAAAACAUUACUUCAGAAAAGACAAGAAUACAGUCAGUAACAAAAAUAAAAAACAGAAAUUUAAAGCAAUAGAGAGCAAAAAGUGCUUGAAGUUUUUCCUAGAAUGUCAUUAAAGCUGCUGACGUUAUCCAGACGAGAGCAGUGAUUUCCUCUUUUCCCUGUCAAGUUGAGAUUUAUUAAAGGGUUAGUUCACCCAAAAAUGAAAAUUCUGUCAUCAUUUACUCACCCUCGUAUUAGCUUCAUUUACACGGCAAGAUAUAAUCACACGCACAUGUAUUCUGAUGCAUUAUGUUUAUCCGGUCUGUUUGCGGUCCCGUAUGAAACGAGUGUCUGCAUUCACUCGUGUCACGUGUCACCGCCAGCGACCAGACCGAUUGAUUCGGCACUAGCUGUGAUUUACACGUAUGUUUGUAUAAUUUUAGUGUUUUGAUGUCGCUAGCGCAGCAUCAGUAUGCUAGUUCUCCAUUCUGAACACUUGGCUUUCAUAAAUAUUCUUUUGUUGUCGUUUUUGAGUUUCUGAUGGAACAAGGUACGAACCUCAUGAACAGAUUUAACAGGGUUUUUCUUUUUUCUUUUUAAAAAUUGAUAUUUUUAAUUUUGCAAGACACUUUUUAGGAGAAACCAUUGCAGGGUUAAUCAUUGGAAAAUUAAUGGAAAAUUCAUUUCAUUCAUGGAUUCUGCAGCAUGAUUUUUUUCAUCAGUUUGUAAACAAUAUGAAAGUUUUUGAAAACGUUCACAGUCGUGGAUGUUUUGAAUGACCCUGCCUUCAGAUGUUACUGUGCAGAUUACUAUUUUUAUUGCAAUUGUAAUUUUAAGUAAAAGAAUAUUUUACUGGU